AUGGAAUCAUCUGCAGGUGAUAGCAGCAGCUCCUCUACCACUCCUAGAAGCAUUUACGAACAGACUGGUGAUUCCUCUGCUGCCUUGAAAGGAUUGCAGCAACGUCAAGGCAACAAUAACAACAAUAAUAGGGAUACUUCUACCAACCCGUACAAUGAAUUCUUGUGCCAAAGCAUGGUAGGAAAGCGGCCCCUCUCUUCCAAAUGGCUCAAACAAUUGCAGAACAAAGAAGAAGAGACAGACGUUCUGGUCAUUGAACAAAAGAUUCCGCAAUCGGAAUCGCUGACUGUCUUGUGUCGGUGGAUCAAAGCCUACAACAGAGGGCUUGCGUUGCUCAUGUUGCACAAACCGAACGAUACUUGGGAACUCGUUUGGACGAUUUUUGAUCCGGAAGUCAUUCAAAACAAGAGCAACCUCAUCAAAUUACCGCCAAGCAGCACGACCGAUGGCAACCAAGAAAGUAGCUCGACACAUUCUCCAAGACGUACACCGGAAGAUGACGAAAUGGUUCAUGUGUCUUGUCAAAUGGCCUUUCUACUGCUACAAGCCCUGCUGACGCCCAACUUUGAUUCGUCCAAAUGUCCUACUUUCGAACAAGAUUGCAAGGCCAUUCUUACUUGGUUGGAAUCUGCCAUUGAAGAUCAACAGCCCCGCAACAAGUUUUUGCUCAGCCUGAUUCAAAGCAAUUUGGAGCUUUCGUCGAAUCACAAAUUGACCGGAACUGUCAAUGACAGUAAUGUUCGAGCAGCUCGAAAGGAACUCAAGCAAGCCAUGGAGAUCUUUCAACACAAGCUAAAGACUGCGGCCACCACGACACAAGACAAUUGCCACGAGACCUCGGCUCUCAAUCUCAAGGCGAACACGGAACGAUUAAAAGGCAAUGUCAAGAAAUCUUUGGUCUUAUUGGGCGAAACCAAGGUGGACGAUGACGACGAGGCAUUGAGUCAGGAACCUACUCCCGAAUCCUUGGAAGAUCCAUUGGAGAUUAUGCAACAAAUGGAGCACUACAAUAAUUUGGCAAUGGUCUAUCAUUCCAAUGGAAAACCUAACUUGGCUCUUCAUUCUUGGAGCAAGGCACUCUCCAUUGCAACUUCGGAGAAACAAGCUUCGGCUAUUCUGCAAUCCAACGGAACGCCUCAGGCCAAUCAUCAAAUUUUUAUCCUUUACAAUGCUGCACUAGGUUGCUUGCAACAUGGCAAGUACUCGGCGGCUUAUCAGUGCAUGUCAGUUGUCGUCAAGCAUUGGGUGCAGCGGGCAGAUUGUUGGUUGCGAUUGGCGGAAGCUUGUAUUGGAUGGCAUUCAGAACUCAAGACUGUUGAUUCGAUUAACUUUCAGACAGUCCUCGACAGCAAUGGGAAAGUGGAUGGCUUCUUAUUGCAGAAUCUCAGCCUACCAGAUUUGAAUCCAGCCAACUUGGCCGAGGUGAUUGGAAGCCCCGAGGACUUAGAACAAUUGGAAAUGAAUCCCUUGCCGCGGGCCUCUUUUUGUUUGCGCAAAUGUCUCAGUUUGCUUGAGGGAAAGCAGAACAAGUCGGAACGAGAGCAACUUGUCUCCCUCUCGGCCCACCUUUCGUUUUCCUACAUUUGUCUGAAACAACGAGACUACCCCAAGACUCUCCAACAUGCAGGAUUUGUCCUCCAAAGUGCUUCCUCCCUCAUCGUUGCUUGCACACAACGAGUCGCCGCUAUCAAUAAAGGAGACGACGAUGGUUCCUCCUCCCAUGUGGCCCUAAAGGCCGUUGUCCAACGCCAAGUGGCAACUGGACGCAUGUACGCGGCCGAGGCCAGUUGUGCCAUGGGUGAUGCAGCCGCCAGUAUGAACAUUCUCGUGCAUGGAGGAAGCGAUGCUAUUGAUCGUUUGGCGUCGGACUUGGCGGGGGUCACCUUGGAAGAAGCCGCCAAGAAUCCCAGUGGCAAGGCUCGAUUGGCCAAGGCACAAGCCAUGGUACGGUGCAAUGCCAGUGCGGUGACGGCUCAUUUGAAUCAUUUGGGACCGGCCAAGCAGCUGGCCAUGUCGGCACAAGCCAUGGAAAAUGCCUACCACCAGAAUGCUAGCAAAAACAGCAAUGGAACUUCCUCCACUUUGGGAGAACAACAACACGCAGCACUGAGUCGGUUGCAAUCGCAAUCAUCUGGACCCAUGUACGCCAAGCGAGUCUUGGCCUACUGUAUGCUGCGCGAGGGAAAUACGUCGGCUGCACUGCAAUUGCUGCGAUCGGCACCGCAUUAA